GAUGAUCUUUACAAGAUGAAGCUUUUCUGGGUUACCUUACUCAUUAUAGUUGCUGUUGGAACUGCAUACGGCGCAAAUGUCGCUCAAGGAGCCAACGCCAGACAGAGUUCAACAUGGAAGAAAAUGUACACAGCAGACCAGGCCGUGGACGGGAACACGGGCAAGGUGUUCUUUCAGGACACGUGUACACACACCAACUGUAAAGACAAGAACCCUCACUGGACUGUGUGUCUGGGAGAGAAGCACACCAUCAACUCUGUUACUAUCCACAACCCAGAUAAAGCACACGGCCGCUUGAAGAACAUCAAGAUUGAAGUGUUCGAAACUGAUCCUAGCAAGCCUGGUGCAGUGGCCCAACCUUGUGCAACUAUAGGUUCCACACCCGUUGCUGCUGGAAUUGCUGUGACUGUGACAUGUCCAAUUAACACAAGAGGUCAAUACAUCAGAAUCAGCAAGACUGUGACUUCGUGGCACAAUUAUAAAUGCGAUGCACUACUUCUUUGUGAAGUUGACGUAGAUGGGACACCAUAUGCUGACUGUCCCAAAGGAUUUCAACGAAAUCAAGAUUCCUGCUAUCUCUUCGCCGAUGAUAGUGUUGAAUCAUGGUUUGAAGCACGGAUUGCCUGUCAGACCAUGGGAGCCGAUCUCGUCGUUAUCGAUAGUCAAUCUGAAAAUGAUUUCAUAAGAUCCGUCCUAGAUGCUGGUGAUCAGAAUUGUAAGUAUAUACCUUAA